UUUUUCUUUAUAUACAGAAUUGCCAAUUUUAUUGUGAAAUAAUGUUUAUUUUAAUUUAAAUAUUUGUGAUUGUGUUAUGAUUAGUAAUGUUAGUCUUGCUUGUUAGUUGUAUAGUUUACUGCCAUAUCUGCAAGAAUUUAAAAACUUGUUAACGAUAAAAUAUACAUAAUGGAUUCUAGAGCUGCUAAAUUAGCUUUAGCUCGUAAAAAGGUGUAUUCAUCACAGUGAGCUAACUAACCUGCUUUUUCAUUCUCACCUAUUAUUCCUCACUGGUGUCCUGCCAGCAUAACCCGUUGGCCCAGGUGGUGCUACCGAGUAGUAAAUAAAAAAAAAUUAAUUAAAAGAUCAUCAAGUGAAAAAGAAUGUAUCUUCACAGAAAGAAGAGGCAGUAAUGAUAACAGAAUUUGAUAUUCCUCAGGAUAAUCUACAAUCUGUCAUACAAAAUAAUGAACCUGAUCCAAAUAUUAAUUCACAUUCAUACAAUAUGGAAGAAAUUCAACAUAUUCAUAAUGUGAUAGAAUCCCAUAAUUUAAACCAAAAUGUCCAAACUCUUGAACCAGAUGUAAAUGUUACAGAGAUUCUGAUUUCUCAGAAAAGAAAUUUGGAGAUGCAAGUUGAUGAACAACAGAAGAAAUUAAAUGAAUUAGAAAAUAAAUAUACAUUAACAGUUCAGAAUUAUAAUGCAUUUCAACAGAAGUAUCAUAACUUAGAGGAUGAGUAUAAUGUCCUUUGUAAUAAAGAUAAAAUUCUAACAGAGAAGUUGCUUGAAAAGGAUAAAAUAAUUACUGAAUUGGAAACAAUUAAAUCAACAUUAUCAGAUCAGUACAAUAAUUUAUCAGAACAGUUAGAAUUCACUAAAACUAUGUUAACUGCAAAAGAGACAGAAAAUGCCACGCUCCAUAACCAAUUAUGCAAUGUUCAAAAUCAAUUAGACGUAAUGAAAUUACAACUUCAGCAAUUAACAAACGGCACAAAUUCUGAAGUUACUAUCAAAAAUGACAAUUCACUUCAAACUGAGGAAAUUUUACAAAAAAUUGCAGUCUUAGAACAGCAAUUGAAAAUGUCACAAAAAGAAAAAGAUCAGAUCAGUGUGCAUUAUGAACAUUAUGUGAAUGAGUUAAACCAACAACUAAAAUCAGUUAUGUUAAAAAAUGAAAAUAUGUCCAAAGAAUUACAGAAUUUAUCUAACAGAGAGACUAGCUUGAUUGAGCAGAUAAGUGACAUGGAAAUUAGAUUACAAAAUUAUUGUAUAAAAAAUGAAGAUGUUGAAAAAGAUAUAAAAAGUAAAACCAAUGUUGAAGAGCUAGAGAAAAAUUACAGUAACCUACAGGCUACAUUGGAAGAUAUUAAAAUUAAAUAUGAAGAAAUACAGGAAAAAUAUUUGGCAAGUGUAGCUAAAAUCAAACAAUUAAGUGAAAUGGAAGAUACUGAACAUAAACAUGACAUAUUGAAAUUAAAUGCAGACAUUGCAAGUGAUAAAGUUGCUGCACAAAGGGCUACUGAACAGAAUAAGAAAUUGAAAAGUGAUAUGCAGAAUUUGGAAGAAGCUUAUGUCAAAAUGAGCAGUGAUAAGUUGGAACUUACUGAAAAGUUGGCAGCAGAAAAAUAUUUGAAUCGAGAACUAACCAUUAAAUUAGCUGAAGUAGAUGAAAAGUCAAAGGAAAUACAUUUAAAACUAAUGGCAAAGGAUGAAGAAAUGAUUAGACUACAAACCGCUUACCGGAAUCUUGAACGAGAAUUUGAAAAACAAUCUCGUGAAAUCCAGCAAUCAGAAAAACAUUGUACAGAACCUCAACCAAUUGAACUUCAAAAUAAGUCUGAUCUUCCGGAAAACCUCGAACUUAAUGAUAAAGAAAAUGUGAGUGCAUGUACAUACAAUCACUGCAGUGAUGAACAACAAGGUUCUUUCAUUGAGCCAUCAAAUACAAAAAGUCAUUUAACUUAUCAGAAUGAUGACGCCAUGUUAAAGCUUCAGGAACGUUUCCUAAAAAUAAUGGAAGAAGUUGCAGAUUUAUCAGAUGAAAAGCACAGAUUAGAACAUAUAAUAAUGCAAUUGCAAAAUGAAACUGAUACGAUAUGUGAAUAUGUCGCAUUAUAUCAACAGCAACGAAGUUUAUUAAAAAAACGUGAUGAAGAAAGAAGCGCCCAAAUAAAAAUUUUCCAAGAGGAAUGUGAUAAACUUAAAAACCAGAUAGAAGAGUUAAAUAAUAUUCUAACAACAUUUGCUGACGAUAAAGAAUUAUCAUCUUAUUUUCAAGAAGAAUCAAAACAUAAAGAAUUACAAAAGGUAAUUAAGUUGAUUUCGCAUCUUAAAAAUAAUUGUUUAUUUGACCCUAACAAAAAUAAUGUUGAUUUCAAAAACUUUUAUCCUUGUAAUUGUUGUUCUGGUAAACUUAUUGAAGUGUAAUGAUUAAUAAUAUGAAUACAAUAAAUUGUAUUAUUAUUUAUUGAUAAAUUACUAGCAUGCUCACAUGUAUGAGUUUCUGAAAUAUACAAUAACAAUAUUUAGAUUUUUUACAGUAAUAUCAUUAUACCUAUUAUUAAAUUUGACUAUUAUAUAUUUUUACAAAAUAGGUUUAUUUGUAUUAUAAAAUUCCUAGAAUCGAUAUUUAAAAGUGUAUGCCAUGAAAACGGGAUGGACGCUUUCGAUAUAUGCUGGCGGAACACACAAUAAACAAAUGAUUUAAUUUUUUUUUCUCAAAAAAUGUAUAGUAAAUAAAUAAAUAAAUUUAGUAAAAAAAAAUAAUAUAUAUGCUUUUUAUUGAUAAACCCUAAAAUUACAAAAUAAAAAGCAAAGGCCGAGAAUUUUGUAAAAUGUUGAAAACAAGUUUUGGUCAUCAUUGUUAUUUCAUCUUUUAAUAUCUAUAUUUCAAGCUAUUGAUAGGUAAUAAUAAAGGAAAUAAGGAAAUGUAAAUAUGUAAUUUUGGUAAUAUAAUAAAUAUGUACAAUUUA